AUGCCAGAAAGUUGGCAACAACCGGCAUAUAAAACUAAAAAUAAGAUCUUACCUGAAUAUCGUAGGCAAUCAAUAACAAUGCCCGUUCAGAAGACUAACUACGUUUCAACAGAAAAACAAGGUCGACCAAAAAAGUCACCUGAAAAGGCUCAUAUCGAUACCCUCCGUCGAAGAGAAAGGUGUCAAAGAAGUCGAACAAUUUUACUUGAAAAAAGUAAAGAAUUGGGUUGUUUAAAUAAUAACCGUCUUAUCCUUUUCUCUGAAACAGAUGACGAAGAAAAAACAGAUAAUGAACACUCAGAUGCCUAUGAUAGUAAUCAUAAUAAGACACAUGCCAUGAAUAACAAUAAACAACAAAAAAAAAUAACGAAAAGAAAACAAAAUACUAACACACGUAACAAUGGAGUUCGUAUACAAACUAAAACUACAACAGAAGUUCCAAUGAAUAGUGAACAUGGUGUAGGUAAACGAGAUAAUAUGCGAGGAAUUAACCAGCAUCAUAUAUCUAGUUCAGAAACCGAACAGGAUUAUUUCACAUUAAGUGGAACUGAACAAACUAAUUAUGAGCUUAAAUCAUCGAUUAAAGAUAAACGAAAAAUAAAGGCUUACUUACAAGGCAUUUCACUUUCAAGUGAACAGGCCCAGGAGAAAGAAAACAUACAUAAAUUAUCAAGAGAUGUUCAACUAAAAGCAACAGAGCUUUAUCUGAAAAUCGCCAAAGAAGAAUACGAAUUUCAAAAUGAGAAAUUAGAAAAACUUCUUCGGGGUUUUCCACAACAUAAUAAUGAUGAAACGCCAUCGACACGGUCUAGAAUUGAUGGGUCUGCUGAAAAUGAUGAAGAUGACGAUGAAGUCUUUACUCAAAGACCAUUCACUCAAAGAGCACUAAUUCAAACACCACUAUCACAAGAAAAACAGGAUGAUAGGACGAUGAAUCGCCAAGGCUCAGAUUUCUUUACAGCAUUGAAAAGAAGUCUGUUAGAAACUGAACGAGAAGUUCUUUUUUUUAGCCGAACGCAGCGUCCAAGAAAAGACACCCUUCGUAAUACAGGAAGCACGGGAUUUAAAUCCAGUAUUCGAAAGGAUUUCGUGCUCCAAGCAUAA